GUUAUAUCGAAAUCCAUCCCUAGUUCAAUCGAACUUUAUCUGAACGAUUCGAUACAACCUCUUAAUUGCAAAAUAAACGACGCCACAUAAACAUAAACAUAAAUAAACAUCAACAGGAAGAGCAAAAAACAAAGAAACAGUGUGUCGGCAAAAGCGCGGGAAAGUGCGGGCGAUUUGUGCAUUGUGCAUGUUAAAUGGAGAUGGAAAAGAAGGCCAAAGAGCAAUUGCGUCGGUAUAAGAAGUCGCGACAUGCGCAUUCCAGCAGCGACAGCUCCAGCACAGACACGGACAGUGGCAGCAGCUCGUACAGCAGCUCCGACAGCGAACGGGAUCACCAUGGACAUGCCCACCCGCAUCAGCGGUCCGCGGAGCGACAUCAUCGCAAGAAGAAGAGCUCGCGACGGGCGGGCAGCUCGUCGGGCGACGAGCGUCGCAAGCGUGACAAGCGGGAACGUGAACGGGAUCGUGAUCGGGACCGUGAUCAUGUGCAAAAGAAGCUAGUGGCGAAACGUAAUCACAUCAAACGCAAGCUGAAAGAGGCGCGGCUCAAGAAACGUGCCGCCGCCGCACUCAGCGGACAUGGACAUCGUGCUCUGUCUCCCGCCACGCAGGCGAAGCUGAAGAAGCUGGCGGAGCGCAAGCAUUUGCGUGCCGCCAGCAAGGAGCAGCGGGAGAGGGAGCGGGAGAAGCUGCGUAGUGUGCACCGCGAGAGGGAGCGAGAGCGGGAACGGGAUCAUCAUCGCUUGGGCAGCAGUCGGUCGCCAACAGGUGCCUCCAGCACCACGACGACAACCAAAAUACGCAUUCAUCAGGAUGUGGUGGGUAAGCGCCAAAAGAGUCCCGGUCCAGCCGGGUCAGGUUCCGGAUCCGGUUUGGGACCCAACAGCACGCCCGCCGCUCGCAUGCAUCAUCAGCUGAUGUCGCGGGAGAAGAUCAUCAUACAGACGAGAACGCGCGGACGCACUCCGUCAUUGGAGCGUGAGCGCGAGAGGGAGCGGGAACGGGAGCGCAUCGAGCGGGAGAGGGAGCGAGAAAGGGAGCGUGUGGAGCGAGAGCACGAACGGCAGCGACAUGAGCACAAGCUCCAACGUCACGACGAUCUCUCCCUGCGCGAACGGGAACGUGAUCGUCGGGAAAGGGAACGAGAACGCGCCGAGCGGGAGGCAGCUCGGGACAAAGAACGCGCCGAAGCCUUAGCUCGCUGCCAGGAGCGACAGCGGGAACGCGAGCGUCUGGCCCGCGAGAAGAUGCGACGCCAGGAGGAGGAUGAGGGCAAAAAGCCAUAUGGAGCUGGUGGUGUGCGAGAUCUGGACAUGCCCAUGCCCUAUGGCAGUCGGGAGCGCUCCCUGGAGACCGUGGAGCGUGCCGGGCGUCAUGUGCGCGACAAGCGGGAACUGGAGGCCUAUGAACGCGAGCAGGAGUUCAUUGAGGCCGAGCGCCAUGGACUGCUGGACGAGAUGCGUCGCUAUGGCGGCCAACGAAGACGCGAGCUCAGUCCGCUUGCCGAGCACUUUCCACAGCGCAUAAGAGAUCUCCGGGAUCUCUACUCGGAGGAGGAGCGUGAACGUGCCUACAAGCGUGCCUAUUUGGAUGCACGCUACUCGCGGGAUCGGGAAGCUUGGCUGGAGGCGAGGGACAUGCGGGAUUAUCGGGAACUGGAUGCGGAGGAUGUGCUCUAUGCGGAUGAGCGAGAGCGCAUGAUGCGCGAACGUGAGCGAGAGAGGGAGAGGGAGCGAGAGAGAUUGCCAGCUCGUGGAGAUUAUCGAGCCGAGUGGGAGCGCGACUGGGAUGAGGAUAACGGCGGCAACGGAGGAGGAGGAGCUGGUGGAGGUGGCGGUGGAGGUGGCGGUGGUGGUGCUGGUGGUAAUGGCACGCCAGGACGUGCCAGCGGAUUUGUUGGUGGUCCCAAGCGGCCAAAGCCGCCGGCACAGCAAACUUCACAGCAGCAGCAGCAUCAUUCGGCCUCGGAGCCGGAUUGGGAUGCGGAUGAGCGUGAGGAGUGCGUCGGUGGUGGUGGAGCUGGCGGUGGCGGUGGUGUUGGUAACGAUGUGGUGAAGAACGAACCCGCCUGGCUGGAGCAUGAUCAGCGAGAGAAACCACGUGGUUGGCAGCAGGCGAACAACGAUUGGCGCGACAAUGAUGAGCCCAAUUUUGGACGCAACAAUGGCGCUGGCACCGAGGGACAGCCGCCACAUCAUGCUCCCUCCUCAUCGCCACAUCAUCAUGUCCAUCCACGUGGUGAGCGCGGUGGCGGACGUGGUUUUCGACGUGGUGGUGGUGGAGGUGGUGGCGGAGGCGGGCAUGGUCAUGAGCAUGGCGAGCGUGGUUACAGAUCGCAUCCACCACCACUGAUGACGCUGCCAGUGCAGCCACCAGGUGGCUAUCAUGGUGGUGGUGGCAGCUCACGUGGAUUUCCACACAAGCGUUUGCCUUACGGAGGCGGCGGCGGAGGCGCCUUCAUCAAGAAACAUCCACACAUGCCGCCGACAACAGCAGCCGGAGUUGGACCCGGAGCAGCUGCAUCCACAGCACAGGUGGCGCCACAUCAGCAGCCCAAGCCGAGCAAUGCGGCGGCUCAAGCGAGCGCUGUGGCCGCGGCCACCACAGCGGUGGCAGCUGCCAAGGCGGCGGCCCAAAGUGCUGCCAAUGCCAUCACCAAUCCGGGCAUCCUGGCCCAGGUGAGCAAGCUGCCCAACAUUAAGCAGGAGGAUGCAGCCGAGGAUUCAGCAGGCACACCAGAGCUGGCAGCCACUUCCGUUACCGCUGAGCCGGCCACAGACUCAAAUCUUCCACUGGAGUCAUCACUGAGACAACUGAAGCAGGAACCGAAGCCCAACGGCGAGCUGAGCGAGAUUAGCGACAGCGAUGAUGACAUACUCAAUAAGACGGACAAAGUGAAGCCCAAAUCGGAGCUACAACUGGAGGGAGCACUAGCUGGCAAUCAGGAGAUCUCCACGGAUGCCUUGUCCAACAGCGAGGAGAUCACCAAAAGCGAGACGCAGACAAUAGCCCAAGGUCCAACUCAAACUGCAACUGCUGGUCCAGCAGCGGGAGCACAGCAAGCGAGCAUUAAGAGCGAGGAAGUUGAGGAAGUGCUGGACUUUGAGGAGAUCUCCGAUGGUGAACUGGAGGAGGAUGCCAGGCACAAGGGCAUUGGCGAUGCUCUGGGCGUGGACUGGCAGGGAUUGAUAGCGGAGACGCGACAACAGGCAACGGAUCAUGCGGCACAACAGGGUGUGGAUAGGAACACCUCGGCCAAGCAGCGUUGGCAGCCGCAUCGUGUCCUGCUCGACAUGGGCAUCAGCUUUGAUAUGGCCGGCACGGAGUAUGCCCAUCGCAUCAUCAAUGAUGCACGUCAGCAGCUGCUGCUCGAGAAGGAGCAACAGCAACUGAUCAAAACGGAACCGGAAACGGGCAAAACAACGCCGCCAGCGCAUGAUUAUCGGGAACUGCUGGACACGGAGCAUGUGGAGCCGUUGGCCUGCGUCCAAAUGGGAUUGCGAAGCGCCGCCGCCGAGCGUCAACGUCUUGUGGGCAAUGUGUGUGGUCCUGGAAGUCGUGCGCUCAGCGCUCGACAGGAUUUGCGUUUACGUCGUCAGCUUUGUGGUCUGCCGGCGAGGGAAUGCGACUUCCCCAGGAAUGUGCCCAUUGUCAGCGAGGGAUUGAGAUCGCUGGCCAUGCACAUGUUCCAGCGCACACUCGAUGUCAAAUGAGAUCCGAUCGCUCGACAUCGACUCGAGCAAUUUAGCUAUAGACUAGAUAUACAAAUCUACAUGCAAUGUCCGAAUGCUGUCAAUCUUCACCAGGUUGAUAACAAUAACAACAACGAUGACGAUAACGAUAACAAUGUCGAUGCCUGAUGUGUGUGUUUGAUACCGAUUACAAUUAUGCUAGCGAGUUCAAUUACCUUAAUUAUGCCCGGAUUCCAAUAAUUGUAGCACUAAUUAUGUCAAAAAAAAAAAAACAAAAACAAAAAAACGAAAUCCAUACAAUAUAUAAUAUUAUGCUGUAACUUAGUCGAAACUCCAAUUUUAAAGUUAUAUAUACCUAUUUUAUUGAAUUUGUGUAAUAAAUAAGAAGAUAUUCAA